AUGGACUGCGAAAAGACCUCUGUCGAGCACAUUGGCAACAUCUCUGCCCUCGAAACCGACAACACGCCCCUCAGCGAGAAGGAGCAAAGCAGGCUGAGCCGCAAGAUUGACAUCCGUGUGACAUGUGUCCUGGGCUGCUUGUAUCUGGUAAGCCAGAUUGACAAAAAUAACCUGGGAAACGCAAACAUCGCGGGCAUGUCAACCGAUCUGGCGUUGACUGGGUCGCGCUUCUCCAUGAUCGUACUCUUCAUGUUUAUUACCUACGUUGCGUUCCAGCCUGUCGCCGUGAUCCUGGUCCGCAAGAUGGGCGCUCGACUAUUUUUCACUACGAUCGCGCUUCUUUGGGGAACAACCGAGAUGUGCCUGGGGUUUGUCAGGAACUGGUAUGACUUGAUCCCUUUGCGCCUGCUGCUGGGGGCCUUCGAGGCAGGCGUGUUCCCCAGCGCUCUGUACAUGAUGUCCUGUUGGUAUCCCCGCUAUAAACUCCAACAGCGCGUCGCUUUGUUCUACUUUAUUGGCACCCUCGCCUCCGCCUUCACUGGGAUUCUCGCGUACGGUGUAUCCCAGAUGGAUGGUCUCGGGGCUGGACCUAGUUGGUGGUCCACCAGUGCACAGGUGCCAGGGUCGGACUCCCAUGCUACUGGGAUUGCAGGUUGGCGAUGGAUCUUCAUCAUGUUCGGGAUCAUCACUUGCACGGUAGCGAUCAUCUGCGCCAUCUUCGUGGUGGACUUCCCGGAGGUGGAAUUGGAACGCAAGCCGAAUCGAUGGUCUGUACCGUUUCUCUCUCACCGCGAGGCUCGUUUCAUCGUGUCCCAGAUCGAGGCCGACCGUAACGACACAUACGCCGAGGAGUUCCGUCUCAGCCAGUAUCUGCAGCACGUCGGUGACUCCAAGGUGUGGGCUCACGCCACGCUGUUUGGUCUGACCACGACCACCAACUAUGCUGUCGUGUACUUCCUGCCAAUUAUUCUCCGGGAAGGAAUGGGGUUCUCCGUGGCUGCAGCGCAAUGUCUGGUUGCCCCUCCUUACAUUCUUGCCUGCCUGUGGAUGCUGGCCAUCGGCUGGCUGUCCGAUAAAAAACGCUCUCGCUCCCCAUUUGUGAUAUUCAACUGCUGUUUCGCUUUUCUCGGUCUCAGCCUCCUCGGGUUCACCACGCACACGGCGAGCAGAUUGGUAGGUGCGUUCCUCGCCACUGCUGCUGGGUCAUCCAAUCUACCAGCGACCCUCACCUGGCAAGCGAACAAUGUCCGAGGUCAGUGGAAGCGGGCUCUCACGUCCGCCCUGAGCGUUGGCGCCGGAGGGCUUGGAGGCAUCGUCGGGGGUACUGUUUUUCGGACGGACGACGCGCCUGAGUAUAGGCCAGGGAUCAUUGCAACCCUGCUGGCAAAUGGAUUGAUGGUUGUGAUCUCCCUGCUAUUGGCCUUGAAGUAUCACCUUGCGAAUAAGCGGGCAGCUGCUGGGGGUAAGCCAAUCGAGUCGCUAGCAUCCUUCCGAUAUACGCUGUAG